AUGGCAACACAGCACCACCACCACCAGUUGCUCUUUCUAACCACCCUCUUCACUUUCCUCACUCUCUCCGCCGCUAGGCCAUGCAAAACAAUCAUCUUCAUCUCCACUUCCACUUCUUUCACUCAAAACCCCACCUUGCUCACUCUCUACUUCACCAACACCCCUCAAACCGACCCCACCAACACCUUUUCCGCUAACAACCAGUUUACGGUGUUAAGUAACCAGUUCUCCCAAAACGUCAAGGUUUUAGAGCCGCCUCAGCUCGUUGAAAACUUCAACUCCAACUCCAUACGUGAUCGAACUCUCGAUAUACUGAGCAUUGUGGGCGCUUUGUUGUUCGGAGUUGGAUCCGGUGUGCUGACUGCCGCGAUAAUGUAUUCAGUUUGGUCUGUGUUAUUCGAGGGAAGGUUUGAUUUUGGCGGGGAUGAAGAUGAUGAUCAAGAAAUCAAUAAUUGUCUAAAGAAACUGGGAUAUGUUGUAGUUGAUAACGGCGAUAUCGGAGCGAAACAGGUGGAUUAG